AUUACAACUCACAACCCUAAAUUUUCUCCAUCCCAUUUAUCUAUCGCUCUAAACAGAGAAAGCCGUCGCUGCCCCAGCACCUCCACCUCUCUCUCCCUCUCCCUCAGCGAACGGAGAAAAUGGCAGCCGCUUUUGGGGCUAUGAAGGCGCAGAAGCCGGGGUUGGAGGAGACCCAGGAGCAGAUUCACAAGAUCAGGAUCCCUCUUUCCUCCAAGAAUGUCAAAAACCUUGAGAAAGUUUGCACUGACUUGGUUCGUGGUGCCAAGGAUAAGAGACUGAGGGUCAAGGGACCAGUGAGAAUCCCUACCAAGGUUCUUAACAUUACCACCAGGAAAUCCCCUUGUGGUGAAGGAACCAAUACAUGGGACAGAUUCGAGCUUCGUGUCCACAAGCGUGUAAUUGAUCUCUUCAGUUCUGCUGAUGUUGUUAAGCAGAUCACGUCUAUCACAAUUGAACCUGGUGUUGAGGUUGAAGUUACCAUUGCUGAUUAGAGAGAUGCUGCUUACUUCUUUGGGGCUAUUGUUUUGUUUAGUUUACCAGAACACUUUGCUCCCUCAGAUCUUUUUGAUUGAAAGACAGUUUAUCAGCCCUCGUGACUUAAAAGAAUACCUGUAUGGUUAAUGUAGUAUGUGUGCCUUUUCCAUACCAUCAUGUUAAAAAUUCGGUAAUGGAGAUUGAAUUUUGUUUCCUUAUUUCAUUAUGAAAUGUUAUGAUUUCCAAGUGUUCUCAGGUA